AUGCCUUUCAGUUCUCUCUCCACCCUCGUCCCGGCCCUCGUGCCCUCGGCCCUGCUCGUCGCAGCCGUCUAUGCCGUGAAGCCUGAGUUCCUUGCUUAUGCUAUCGCCGUCGCCAGUGUCAUCACUGGCUUUGCCUUCUUCAGCAACAGCAAGCCGCGCAAGGUCCUGAACCCUACCGAUUUCCAGGACUUUAUCCUCAAGGAGAAGAACGAGAUUUCUCACAAUGUCUGCAUCUACCGUUUUGCGCUGCCCCGCCCCACCGACAUCUUGGGUCUCCCCAUCGGCCAGCAUAUCUCCCUCGCUGCCACCAUCGCCGGCCAGCCCAAGGAGGUUGUCCGUUCCUACACCCCUAUCUCCUCCGACAAUGAGGCCGGCUACUUCGACCUCCUGAUCAAGGCUUAUCCCCAGGGUAACAUCUCCAAGUACCUGACCGAGCUCAAGGUUGGCCAGACCAUGAAGGUGCGCGGACCCAAGGGCGCCAUGGUCUACACCCCCAACAUGUGCCGCCACAUUGGUAUGAUCGCCGGUGGUACCGGAAUCACCCCCAUGCUCCAGGUCAUCGAGGCCAUCAUCCGCAAUCGUCCCCGCAACGGCGGCAACGACACCACCAAGGUCGAUCUGAUCUUCGCCAACGUCAACCCCGAGGACAUCCUCCUCCAGGAGAAGCUGGAGAAGCUGGCCAAGGAAGACAGUGACUUCCGCGUGUACUACGUCCUGAACAACCCACCCGCGGGCUGGAUUGGCGGCGUUGGCUUCGUCACUCCCGACAUGAUCAAGGAGCGUCUCCCUGCCCCGGCGUCCGACGUUAAGGUUCUCCUCUGCGGUCCCCCUCCCAUGGUCAGCGCCAUGAAGAAGGCCACCGAGUCUCUUGGCUACACCAAGGCCCGCCCCGUCAGCAAGCUGGAGGACCAGGUCUUCUGCUUCUAA